ACUCGUUCAAUUCAAUAUUCGAAAUACAUAAUAUAUCCAUCUUAAGUAUCUCCUCACACGACAUACAAAACGCUACCUUCGGGAUACGUUAGCACGAGACCGGGGGUAACUCACUCAAUUCGACAGCUCCAAUAAGAGAGGCACGAAAGUAACCUCAUCUUGGGUGGAACUGCGUCGUGGGGUGAUUUUUGCGAUCGGGAAAGAUACCCGCGAUGACAUCGCGACAAUGCGCGCCCACAAUGCCCUAGAGAGCGACGACGCAAAGGAAGCACAAAGGGAAGCUGCGCGCGGCGCCGCCGUCGGGGCCGUGAAAUGGGGCGCCGCAUCUGCCGUUCUAGGCGGUAUCAGUUACGUCUUCUCACCACUAUAUCGCGGGCUCACUGUGCAGUUUAAGGUAUAUCUUCAAAUGUCCGGCAUGAUCGUCGGCAGCAUGAUCGAGGCCGACUAUCGCAUGAGGCAGUACGAGCAGCGUAUACGUAUGCAGCGAAGGAUGGCUCAGAACCGUGCCAUCUGGGCCGACUAUGAGAAGGAGCUGAUGGAGUUGGAGGACGAAGGGACAUCCCCCGAGCAGAAUAAGAAGUGAGAUAUCAACGGUAUUUACUGCUGUUUCCAGUAGUCAAUUAGUAACAGCAAAGCUUGUUGUUCUGUGUUAUUAGACCAUGCAUCUAUAUUAAAAGCAUGUAAAUAUGUCUUGGAUAUUUUUUUGUCGACACUCCUGUACCAACU